AUGGACCACUACUGCGAGGCCGUCAACCGUUCCAGCGAUGACACCACAGGGAUGUCUCCGGGGGCGCGGAUGACUGGCCAGGUGCUCCUCCGGUCCAUCACGGUGGUCGUGGCCCUCUGCGGGCCGGUGGGAAACGGGGCCGUGAUGUGGCUCAUCCGCGCGUCCGUCAGGAGAAACGCCUUCUCAGUCUACAACCCCAGUCUCGCCGUGGCGGCUCUCAUGCAUCUGUGCUUGCAGAUCGCGUUCUGCGCACGCCACGUCCCGAAGCCCUUCCUCCACCGCUGCUUUCAUGUUCCAGGCACCCUUAUGGUCCUCAGGUUCUCGUCCUACUUCACUGGCCUGGGUGUCAUGACCGCCAUCAGCCUCCAGCGACGCCUGUCCGUCCUCUUCCCUACUUGGUACCGGUGCCACUGCCCCAGGCACCUGUCGGCCGGCGUGAGCGCCCUCCUCUGGCUUCCGACCUUUCUGAUGAACAUUCUGAGAGGCCACGCCUGCGGCCAGCCGUCCAGCCCGGCCACUCGCUUCUGCCCUGCGCUUGUGGCCAUCACGGACGCGUGGGUCGUCGUCCUCUUUGUCGCCAUGGGCACAUCCGGCCUGCUGCUACUCCGCCAAGUCCGCGACAGCGCCCGCCUUCGCCUGCCCAGAAGGCUCUACCUGGUUGUCCUGCUGACCGCCCUGGUCUUCUUUCUGUGCGGCGUGCCCCUCAGCGUCAUCAGGUUCCUGAUGUGGAAAGUGGAAAGCCAGGCUCUCAAUGACGUCAGCGUCCUCCUGUCUUGCGUCAACAGCACUGCGAACCCUGCCGUUUACUUCUUCAUCGUUGGCCUUCGGGGGCGGCCGCCGAAGGCACCCCUCGCGGGGGUCUCUGGAGGACCCCAGGGGGAGAGACAGAGCCCGGGAGAGGCGCCGGCCCCGCCCAACAGAGAGGGCGGCCCCUGA